GCAGUACUCGGGGAUAUUUUGAAAAAAAAAACACUGAAAAAUCGUAAAAUCCUCUGAAAAUGAUGCUUCGUCGUGUCCUUUUGCCACGUUCAUCACGUUUCCUGAACUAUUCUACGGCGGCAGCAACUGCCGAGACACAAAAUCACACGGAUUUUCGGACACACGAGCUAGAUCCGACAAAGCACACUUCCAAACACAUCGGUCGCUUCUACAAAAUCCCGGAAGAUGUGAAAAAACAACUCUUCGCGCAAGGCGGCUUCCCCAAACAGUUCGAGAAACAGUGCAAAACGUUCGCCGAAAGUUGUCUCAUGGUGCGACAACCAGCUGUCGAAGUCAUAAAUUACUUGAAACAAUGUGUCAGUGUCGAUAAGCCCGCUACCCGGUUCGUGUUGCACGGUCAAAAUGGAGCUGGCAAGUCCUUGGCGUUGGCGCACAUCACGCAUUACGGAUAUGCGGCGGGAUUUUUGCUCGUUACGGCGCCCCAGAGCAUCUAUUAUUACAAAUGGCCAAAGGAACAUGGGCCUUCAGCCACUCACGAAGGUUAUUGGGAUUUACCACUUGACUCGGCAGCUUGGCUGAUGAAUUUCAAGACGCAAAACAGUCACUUGCUGAGCAAUCCGGAGCUGAAAUGCAGUCAAGACUACGUUUGGAGUAAGCGAGAGACGACGGAAAAGGGCGCCCCGUUGCUGGCUUUGAUCGAUCACGGAAUAAAUCGCGUGAAAUUCGCAAAUGACACGAUCGUCGCUUUAAUUGAGGAACUAAAAUCGUACUCGACAGCGGGAAAAAUCAAAACUUUGGUGGUAAUUGAUGGCUACAACGUGUAUUGGCAGAAAAUGAGUCAAUUACGGGCUCCGUUGCGAAUCAAUAUUCCCACGGAUAAAAUAACGAUGACGAAACCCAUGAAGAGCAUCACGGAUUACAAUUGGACCAAUGGGGCAGUUGUCGUGUCUGUGGAUAAAAUGGCGCAUCGCGAUUUUCACACGCAAGAUGUGACGCUGCCACGAAUUCUCCUGGGCAAAAAAGGUUUCGAACAUUUGGAUCCGUUUGUGCCGAUUGAGGUGAAGAAUUAUGACGAUCGGGAGUACAACAGUUGCAUCGAGUACUAUUUGGACCGGAAGUGGAUUCAAAAUGCCAGUAAGGGAUUCGACUUGGAACUCAAGCAUUUGUCACACAAGAAUCCUUAUGAGCUCAUGAGAAUGUGUGCGCCACUGUAAGAAUUUUUUAAAUAGGAACUCUUAGGGAAAUAAAAAAAAAUUAAUUAGAAAGUGACUUAAUUUCUUGUUUUAAUGGCCUUCAUGAAAUUUU